CCUAUUUCUUACAAAUGUUCAGAAUUGAAGUUUUGGAGUCAUGGGUGGACUUGGGAAUUUGCAACUCAGAACAAUGUGAUUGGAAAAUAUGAAGAGAUUUUCAUGCGCUCUAGUAUCUAUUAUCUUGUUUCCAUUCAAUUUGUGAUGCAUCCAUAUAUUACCUUUCAUGUAGAAAGCAUGUUUCACUGAUUACAUAAUAAUUUUUUGGCAUUUCGAUUGUAAAUAUAUCCAUGCCUUAGAUUAUGAUAUCUAUUGCCUAAAUGAGUUGAAACGAUGCAAGACCUUAAAUUAGUGGGGAUUUAUUUUUUACUGAAUAAAUGUUAAGUCUUAUUAACAUGAAUUUGAACAAUAUUGUUUUAUUUUGAGGAAGAUUCAAUUUAUAUUUAUUAUUUUGCAUUCUAUUGUUGUUUUAUUCAGUUGAAUUGCAUAAUGUCAAAUAAAAAAGAUCAAGAAGUUCAGAUGUCUGUUAAUGAAGUAAACAGAGGGAAUGGUUUUAGUCCGUCUAGUUCAAGAACUGCAUCUGAUCAUAAUACUGGGCCAGUUGUUUCAUCUGCUACAGUUAGUACUUUACCAAGAAAUAGGAAAAAAACUUCCAUAGUUUGGAAAGAGUUUAUUAAUAUCCCUAAAGACAAAAAUCCCGAUGGAAGACAGAGAGCAAAAUGCAAGGCUUGUGGGAAUAUAUAUCUGGCUGACUCAUCUAUCAAUGGCACUGGUAGUUUGAGGAGACAUCUUAAGUCUUGCCUCAAGCGUAAAAAUAAUGAUGUUGCUCAAAUGUUAUUGGGUGGAGGUGAUGGGAAUGUGGCACUGAAAACUAAGAGGAUUGAUGCAGAUGUAGUUCGAGAUAUGAUUACCACACUUAUUGUCAGACAUGAGUUGCCCUUGGUAUUCGUCGAGUAUGAAGAGUUUAGGGCUUUGAUUUCUUAUCUUUACCCACAAUUUAGUCCUAUUAGUAGGAAUACCCAAAUGGCUGAUAUUUUGAAGUUGCAUACUAGAGAAAGCAAGAGGAUAAAGGAUUUUUUGAGUUCCUUCAAUGGUAGAAUGUCAUUGACUACUGAUUUGUGGACUUCUGUAACCACUGACUCCUAUAUUUCUCUCACUUGUCAUUAUAUUGACACAGAAUGGGUACUACAUAAAAAAUUAUUGAAAUUUUGCAUCAUGCCACCCCCACACACAGGAGCUAAUAUAUGUGAAAUUGCUUCAAAUAUGUUGUUGGAUUGGGGCAUAGAGAAGAAAUUGUUCUCUAUUACAUUAGAUAAUGCCGGUGCUAACCUUUGUUUUAUUGAGCACUUGAAAAAAAGUUUGGUAUUAAAGAAGGCAUUGUUGUGUAGUGGUGAGUUUUUUCACAACAGAUGUUGUGCUCAUAUAUUGAACCUAAUUAUACAAGAUGGUUUGAAGUGCAUUGAUGAAUCUGUACAUUUUGUUCGAUCGAGUGUAGCAUAUGUGAAGGCAUCUCAAGCAAGGAAAGUAAAGUUUCUUGAAUGCUGCAAACAAUUGGAUAUAACAAGUCAGAAAGGGUUGCAUGGAGAUGUUUCCACAAGGUGGAACUCGACUUAUCACAUGCUUGAUUCUGCCAUUGUCUAUCAGACUGCAUUUCAACAACUAGAGUUGGUGGAUAAAAAUUUUAAAGUGUGUCCAAGCAAUGAGGAUUGGAAAAAGAUUGAACACUUAUGUUCCUUUUUGAAGCCUUUUAAUGACAUUACUGAAUUAUUGUCUGGGUCAAAGUACCCAACAACAAAUUUGUAUUUUCAUAAUGUAUGGAAAAUACAUUUGUCUUUGUUGAAAACGAUAAAUCAGGGAGAAGACUAUGUGAAAAAGAUGGCACAAGAAAUGAAAAAGAAGUUUGAUAAGUAUUGGGACUCAUAUAGCAUCAUUUUAGCUAUUGCUGUUGUAUUUGAUCCUCAUUACAAGCUAAUCUUUGUUAGGUAUGCUUUUGAUAAGAUAUACAGUUUGGAUUCAACAGCAAUGGAAAAGUUUAACCUUGUGAAAUCGACCUUAGCACGACUCUUUGAAGAGUACCGGUGCAUGGAGAUAACUGAGGAAGAGAGGGGAUUUCAAUCACAUGCUAUUGAGGACAAUACAGUUGGAGAUGUUUUAGAUUGGGAGGAGCUAUCUAUGUAUGAGAGUUCUACUACUAUUGUAAUACAAGAUAAAUCCGAAUUAGAUUUAUAUCUAGAAGAGCCAAGGAUAAAUCUGAUCAAGCAUUAUGAUGUAUUGGCCUUUUGGAAGUCACAAGGAUCAAAGUAUCGUGAUCUUUCUCGGAUGGCACGGGAUGUGUUGGCUAUUCCGGUAUCAACUGUUGCUUCUAAAUCAGCUUUUAGUGCUGGAGGUAGAGUUAUUGACAAAUACAGAAGUAAGCUAUUGCCUACAAAUGCUGAAGCGUUGAUUUGCCUUCGAGAUUGGAUGUUCGGAGUAGACUUUAGACGUAAUUUCAAACUAUGUAAAUAUACAUUUUUCAUCCGUUAAACAAAUGUUGCUUCGUCGCAUUUUUUUUGUCAUAAUCUUAAUAUCUUACUUGUCCUCUUCUUCAUUUUGUACACUUUUAAAGCUGAACCGGUUGAUGAUGCCAGUGAUUUGGCUAAUGCUUUGGGGAAUGUGUUGUCUUUGGAUGUGAGUGGUGAUACUAAUAUUACAGUAGAACCUACACAAAGAUCUUCUAAUGCCUCUACUGCAGCUAAUGUUUAGUCUGUUAGGUGAAAUUCCAUGGGUAAUAUCAUUCUUGUUCUUUGAUUAUGACAUAUUCGCUAUUUUUUAUCUUUACAUUUACUAAUGUUUAUGCUUCAUCUAUUUUCUAUUAGGUGGGAUUGAUGUUGAAGCACUCCAGAUU